UGUGUGUGUGUGUGUGUUGAGCUGCUCAGCCACUUGAUAGCUGCUCUGUGGUGGGAGAUAACGCGGCUCACAACCCCCCCCCCACCCCUCAAUUAUUCAGGAGGCUGGGAAAAUGCAGCACUCCCUCCACGCUCUCUCCGGCUCCGCCUCGCCAACACUGAUUUCACUCCUCUGGCCUUUUUUUUUUUUUUUUUUCUGCGCCUUGAGUUUUGCAAUAUCUCAAUUCUCAGAUCAAUUAGAGCACGGCUUGUUUAACCAGGAGCAGCGUUGCCGAUGUAAUGCGGAAAAUGAAUGCUGUAAAAUAUAACAACCCAACAAUACAAAAAAAAGGUAGACUAUGCAUUCAUGCUUUCUUGAGAUAGUAGACGCAGUUUCUUUAGAAAACACCUGCUAUAUAAAAGUAUGCUUUUGUGUUUCAUUGUGAAAGAAACACGUCAGUAACAAUACACUUCUCUUCAGCUCACAAAGGUUGUUUUUUUUAAUCGCUGUCUCCAGUUGGUUUGUGGAACUGGGCUCUGCUGUUCUUCAUACACGGAUAGAUAACGUAUCUUGAUUUGAUUGUGGAUGAUGGACAAAGCCGGUACUCUUCAGCGCUUCAUGGUCUGGUGUUGUUGUCAGAGCAACAAACCCUGAGGCCAAACAUGCAGUUAGCUGGAUCAUGACAAAGACGUCUUGUGAAAAUCAUAUAUGAACUAGUUACUGGGUGCAUUUACAAUUUCGAGGCACUUCUACUUCUUCUUCUACUGCUCUACAUUAGUUUUACUCCACUACAUGUAUUUACAUGACUUUACAUUACUAUAUCCGGUGAAUGUUGUUAGGCUUCCCUAAAUACCAAACCCACAUAAGUUGCUGGGAUGCACUGAUAUCGGCUAUGGGGCCAAUACUGACUCAAAAAGCUGGAUCAGGUGUCAGUAACAACGGGGCCGAUCUGUUCAAUCAAGUCUGUUUUUAUACUAUACAUUAAACACCGCAAUUUGAAUUACUGUGCAAGUUUUGAAUUUGUUGCUGCAUUAAAAAGCUUUACACUUGAUUUGUAAUUUCUGUUAAUUUAAAAGAUUUCCUACCAAGUUGUUUACGAGUUGUGUACGAUUUAUUAUUUUAAUUAUGAAUAACAAGUCAGUCAAUUUAUAUUUUUUUAGUGAGGCGCUACUAGUUCCGUCAGUCUGUUCAUAAACAAACAUAAUGUUAUGUUAAUCACGUCGUGAUAUUGCUCAUUACUGAUGCGACACAAGCUAGAUUUGUACCCCGUGAUACCGUCGGCACAGGUUGCGUAUGUAGGCUAAUUUCUAACUCGCCAGAACGUGUCAUAAUGACAAAUGCUGAUUCAGCCAGUAUGCAUUAAAUCCACCGGGUUUUAGCUCGUACACUGGACCGACAAAACCUUAAAUAGACCCAACUCUGCUGGGUCACCUCAGCAGUGAAUGUUAAGCAUCAGAAGUUUUAAUCACAAACCUCACUUCUUUUGUUUCCAUCUUCCCCUUUCUCUCUAUUCCUCCCAUUUGUCUCGUCUCCCCCCCACCUCCUGCAGGGAUUUCGAUGCCAGUCUGUAUCUGUGCGAGGAGGCUUUCGGCCUGCUGCCCCUCGACACACUGGAGCGCCUGGCCGGCACCCUGCUGCUAUAUCCCUACGCCCUCACACUGCUGCUGCUCAGCACCAUGCUGACAGCGGCUGCACUGCAGAACCUCAGACCUAAAGGAGGUUCAGCCGAGGAGAGGAAAGGAGGCGGAGAGGCGCGAGCGGCGGCCUUUCGUCCAGAUGUGGCCUACAAUCUGUUGCAUACCCUGUUCUACGGCCUCCUGGCUUUCAGCACUAUGAGGUGAGCUCAUGUAAUUGCAGGAUCGUGUACACGCAGUUAUCUGAGAUUCGCACACAUUCCUAAGUAGCCGCAGCGGUUUGAUUCCCAGACGGGGACUCUUCAAAUGUACUUUUCCUCUCUGCUGCUUGGAAUCCCGGAAAGUGCCUCUCAAAUGCUUUUCACCAAGUGUCUGAGUGGUCAACUUUAGCCUUGAUCAGCCCCCCGCUCCGAGCACCAUCCCACAGCGCUUAUGCCCCGGCACACACUGCCUGCCUGAACAGCGAGUUACUGCUGAACAGCUGUACGUGUUUCGUAGUUAAUUUGUACUACACAAGGCAACACCAGAAUGCAACAGACCACUUGCUAAGCCUGUCCCCCUUGGUCUGACUUGUUUUGAAGGGACAAUCUUGUGAAAGGGGUUUUAAUGAUGGCUGGACUGAGGCUAAAGCCCAGCUUCUCAGACAAAAAGUUGCCAGGGGAAGACAUGGCAAGAACGAAACAGCAUUUGUCUUGUAUUGCAAGAAACAAUGUAAGACCAGACUUUAUUCGUUCCAGCAAAACACUGUUUGACUGCUAAGCUUACAUGUAAAAAACUAAAACAAAACAAUAGCAUGUAGAGCUAGUGUUAGGAAGUUAAAAAGGUUAUAAUCAUACACUGUGUAUAUAAGAAGUGGACGUAGUCUUCGUGACUUUACCCAUUAGUUUGUGGACUGCUG